AUGCCAGUGGAGGUUCAUCCGAAUGCAAGUGCCAUCACCUUGCGUGAGGGGCAAACUGCUGGCAAGCCGGACGUGGGCGUGGCCGCCGCUUUGGACAUGAUGUGGGGACUGGACGGAGAGCAACCCGUUGUUGGAUUGAUUGGUGCGACUUACUCAUCAGUCACAAUGCCCAUUGCUACUGUGGCAGCUGUGCAGCAAGUCCCGCAGAUUUCUUUCUCUGCCACCAGCCCUGCUUUGUCGAACAAGGAUGCAUACCCGUUCUUCCUGCGAACCGCACCACCGGACGGCAUCCAAGCACGAGCCUUUUGGAGCUGGAUUGUACACUUCGAUGUUGCAUUGAUGUCUUGCGUGCACACCGUCGAGGGGUAUGGCCAAGGCCUCCAUGAUACUCUCAAAGAUCUUGCACGAAGGAGCGGUCAACAAGAGCGUGUCCAGGGCCAAGCCCUCCGUUACAUGCCAGACGAGUUUGACAAAGAGGAAGCUCGUGAUGCCGCGACUUCAGCCCGGCAGAUCGGCUCCCGCUUCGUCAUGUUGUUCGUGACCUGGGCUGUGGUCGACGACUUCCUGUCCGUUCUUGACGAGGAGGGAAUGCUCAGCCCGGAGUGGCAAAUCGUAGGUUCAGACACUUGUGCUGACUCAAUCAUUUCCCGACGAGGGCCGACAGGCUUCAUGGUGUUCAGGGCAAGUGGCAAAGGAGUCUUGUUUCCGGAAUUCGAGCGGCUAUGGUCUCUGCUGGAAGCAGAGGACGGCAUAGAAGCAGAGUUGAGGCAGCGGUACAAGAUGGACAAUACGCGGGAACCACUGGCAAAUGGCGCGAUCGAGGAGGGCCUUGACAGAGGAGCCCUCGGGCUAAAUGCAUACUUUGGCUUUGCUUUCGAUGCGUUCUAUGCCUUUGCCAUUGCCAUCAACCAGCUCCUUCAUGCGGGGACUGCUCCCAGUGCGAUUCAGGGCCGCUUGCUCCUUGAAGAGCUGCGCCGGAUCCGUUUCACGGGCGUCUCUGGAGAAGUGACCUUCGAUCAGAAUGGCGAUCGGCGCGUGGCGUACGAGCUCCUGAACAUGCACGCCGAUGGUGAAGCUGUCAUUGCCGCCUACUUCAGCCCUUCCAGCUCAGACUUCUCGUUUCAGAGGGACUUGGUGUGGAUGGACGGUUCGCGACGAAGCGAUCCCCCACCGCACUUGUACUCAUGUGACCAAGGCUUUUACAAGGAUGAGCUGUCGGGGCAGUGCCGAUUGUGUCAACAGGGCAAGAUGUGCCUGGGGGGGCCUGUCGCUGAAGCUGUGUCAUGUCCCAGAGGAUCCUUUACAAAUGGCACAGGCAUGAUAAAUUGCAGCCUUUGUGCUGCAGGCACUUUCGCUGGCGACAUCGGUUCUGUAGAAUGUACUCCUUGCUUGCCGGGCUUUGAAGCACCCGUCCCAGGCAUGCAGGCCUGCAACCGGUGUGGCUUGGGCAGCUACAUGCCUCUCGCUGAGGGUACUCAAUGCCUGCCAUGCGGCAAGAAUCAGAUCACUCGGGAGAGUGGUGCCUCCUCAGAGACGGAAUGUCUUUGCCCGAAGGCUUUCUUCAUGUGCGGGGAAGCUGGCUGUCUUCCAUGCCCUGAAGGGCUUCACUGCCCCGAGGGUCUUGCCCCUCCACUGCAGAAGAGCGGUUUCUGGGCCAUGGAGCUUUCCGAUGGCUCUGACUCCUGCCAGUUCUCUGUUCUCCGCUGCCGGGAUCGCUUCGAGUGUCCUCAAGGAGCCAUUGGUGAGUGCGCCUUUGGCCGAGAGAGGCCUGCCUGCAACAAUUGCAAGGAACGCCACUUCCCCGAAGGUGGCACGUGUCAGCCGUGCAACCAGUCGGACAUCAUGCCAGGAAUUCUCAUACUUAUGCUGGUCGUCGUCAUCUUGUACUUGCUGAGCAUCUCCACUCUGGACCCAAGCCUGAGCAUGCUCACGGCGGCCUCGAUCACAAGCCAGCUCAUCAUGGCGAUUCAAGCCCUGACUUCGAUCCAGGAACUGUCAAUCCAAUGGAGAGAGCCUGUCAAAACACUGCUGAACCUGGCCAAAGUAAUGACCUUCGACUUGCACGUCAUCCGCUUUACGUGCCUCUAUGGAAGUGACAGCCCGACCUUGCAUUUUGUCAGCCAGAUGCUGGCAUGCCCCGCGGCGUGCAUCUUGUUGCUACUCAGCUGGCUCCUAUCAAGGAUGCUUGGACGGCCGAAGCCAGUCAAUAGCUUGGUGCACAACUGUGGGGUAUUGAUUUUCGCCUUUUUCUUGUCGAUCACACGAAGUACUCUCAUUCCGUUUCAAUGCAUAUCCAGCCCGAACGGAAGCACUUCCAUGGUAUCGCAUCCAAGCAUAAUGUGCUACGAGUCGACCGAGCACGUGGCCCUCGUUGCCCUUGCUGUGGGAGGCAUCCUGACACAGCCUGCUGCGUUCCUGGGAUGGGCGACAUUUGUCACACUGACUUACCCGUCGCUCGUGGGCAGCGGCAAAGGCCUUCGCUUCGCAAACAGGUACCGUUUCCUGUUUCAGCGCUUCAAGCCCGAGAAGUAUUACUACGGCUUGGUGGUGCUGCAUCGCAGUGCCAUCGUGGCUCUUCUGCCGAUCGUCUUGGCUGGGUUGCCAGAACUUCAGGUGCCACUCAUGGGUGCAGUUCUACUUGUCGUUAACAAUUUCCAGGCUUACACAUGCCCAUGGCGUACUGCAAGUGCAAACCUCGUUGACCUCAUUCUGACGACAUUUCUAGUUUUGGUUCUGCUGGGGGCAGCACCCCUCUUGGUGCUGGACGUGGAGGAGUCUACGGCAGUGUUGGGAUGGCUUCUUUGCAUACCAAUCGUCGGAAUCUUGAUCGUGGCGGUCGUCGGCCUUGCACGCGCGGCCAUCAAGGAUUUCCGGCGCAGGCAGCAACUUUUUUGGGGUUUUCCUUCGUCACCACAAGGGCGGUUCAGCCAGCAUGUGCCGCUUGAUGAAGAUCCUUAUUGCACAGCAAACUUCCGCCCGUGA